AUGGAAGAAGAUGACGUUGCUUACAUAACUCCUGCUCCUGUUUCUCCCACUCUACAUCCUCGUGCAUGCUUUUGUGCCCCUUUGGAACAAGGAGGACAAAAAUUGGCGCUUCAAGAAUCCUCUGAUGAAGCACCUGCGAAGGAAAAACACAGAGGGAAAGCAGCAGCGUUGGCGGCGACGAUCUCAUCAGGCAGAGGGCCGUGGUGCGUGGCCAAGCCGGAAGCGCCAAGGGAGGUGCUCCAGGCGAACAUCGAGUAUGUAUGUGGGGGUGCCAUAGGGGAUUGCAGUGCGAUACAGGAAGGCGCCUCGUGCUACUCCACGGACAUCGUAAGACAAGCAUCCUAUGCCAUGAACUCCUUCUACUACGCCAAAGGGGGCCAUAGGUCCAUCAACUGCUUCUUCAACGAAACCGGCACCAAAGUCCGCGAUGACCCCAGUUAUGGGAACUGUGUAUAUCCUUCAUGA